CUUAGGUUUUCGAUCCUUUGGGAGCUCUUGCUACAGUGACUGCACAUAGCAAACGACGUCGUUUCAUCAUCGCCUCGAUUCAUCGAUCUCCAUAUUCUUCCCAUUAAUUUAUCGUUCUCUCCUUGGAUCCAAAAAAUUUUACACAAAUUUAAUUUCGCCAUCAAAUUCUGCACAGAAUGCCGGAAAACUUUGGAGUAUGAGAUUUUCUCGAGAAAAUUAUGAGGAGUUCUUUCUGGGUGGACGAUGGGAGUGUGAAUGUGACGUCGACCUCGAGUUCGCAGACUCGUAUUCCUCAGGCUGUUCCAAGCCACCCCAAUUCCAGACAAAGUGGAAGCAAUGUCUAUCGACUGCUAGCACGGAGAGAGGUUGCUCCGCGAACAAAGCAUUCAUUAAAAAGGUUAUGGGGAGACGCUUCUAAAUGGCAUCACAAUUCCAUUGGUCCAAGGUGUGAAGCAGCGAGAAAUGCAAGAUGUGGUCUUAUCUCAUGGGUGGAGGCAGAAUCAUUGCGGCAUUUAUCUGCAAAAUACUGCCCACUGUUACCUCCUCCAAGGUCCACUAUCGCAGCUGCCUUUAGUCCUGAUGGAAAAACACUUGCUUCUACACAUGGAGAUCAUACAGUGAAGAUUAUUGAUUGCCAAAAUGGCAGCUGCUUGAAGGUGUUGAGUGGUCACCGGAGGACACCUUGGGUGGUUAGAUUUCAUCCGCUCUAUCCUGAAAUACUUGCAAGUGGAAGUUUGGAUCAUGAAGUUCGAUUGUGGGAUGCAAAUACUGCAGAGUGCAUAGGGUCACGUGACUUUUACCGUCCCAUUGCUUCAAUUGCUUUCCAUGCCCAAGGGGAGCUUCUUGCUGUAGCUUCAGGACACAAGCUAUACAUAUGGCACUAUAAUAGGAGAGGAGAGACAUCCUCACCAACCAUUGUAUUGAAGACACGACGUUCCCUUCGGGCUGUGCAUUUUCAUCCACAUGCUGCUCCAUUUCUUUUAACUGCUGAGGUCAAUGACCUUGACUCUUCAGAUUCCUCAAUGACCCUUGCAACUUCUCCUGGUUACUUGCGCUAUCCUCCUCCUACUGUAUAUUUGGCUGAUGCUCAUUCUAGUGAUCGUUCUAGUUUGGCCGACGAACUACCACUUAUGUCUUUACCAUUUUUUAUCUGGCCUUCAUUUGCUAGAGAUGAUGGGAGAAUCUCUCUGCAGCAUACUGAUGGAGUUGCUGGUCCAAGUAUUGCACAACAGAGAGUGGAUCAUUCUACUUCAGUGCGCCUUUUGACAUAUUCAACACCAUCAGGGCAGUAUGAACUGCUGUUAUCUCCUAUGGAACCUAGUAGCUCCUCCCCUAUGCCAGAGGAGACAGGAACCAAUUCCUUAUUGAGGGAAAUGGAAAAUUCGGUUCCUCAACCUGCAAUGGAUGCUAUGGAUACAACAGAAGUGCAGCCUGAAGAGAGAAGUAAUCAGUUUUUCCCUUUUGGUGACCCUUCAUAUUGGGAGCUCCCUUUCUUGCAAGGGUGGUUAAUUGGCCAGAGCCAAGCUGGCCAACGUACGAUCCGUCCACUUAGUGGCUCUGGUCAUGAAAAUCCAUCUUCAUUUGGUGAAACUGAAACUCCUGCUCCCAUGGUUUCCUCAGUAAUGUCAACUAGUAUUAGCCAAUCUAGGGUUACAGGAAGAUCAAGUUCGCGACAUAGAUCUUCUCGUUCCCGGGCAGCAACUGGGUCUGCAGAAGGUGCUUUUUUAAACAUUGGACAGGAUGAAAGUGGUUUGCAGCCUGUUGUUAGCAGGAUCCAAUCUGAACUUGCCACCUCCCUGGCUGCAGCAGCAGCUGCAGAAUUACCUUGUACUGUGAAGCUGAGAAUAUGGCCACAUGAUAUCAAAGAUCCAUGUGCCUCUCUUGAUGCAGAGCGAUGUCGCUUAACUAUACCUCAUGCCGUUCUUUGUAGUGAAAUGGGAGCCCAUUUUUCGCCCUGUGGGAGAUUUUUGGCAGCCUGUGUUGCAUGCAUGCUCCCUCAUUUGGAAGCUGAUCCUGGAUCACAGGGCCAGAUGCACCAUGGUGUCACAGGGGCUGCAACAUCCCCAACACGCCAUCCUAUUUCAGCCCACCAAGUUAUGUACGAGCUUCGGAUCUAUUCUUUGGAGGAGGCAACAUUCGGUUUAGUGCUUGCGUCACGAGCAAUACGAGCUGCUCAUUGUUUAACUUCAAUUCAGUUCUCACCCACAUCAGAGCAUUUAUUACUUGCCUAUGGGCGUCGCCAUAAUUCACUUCUCAAAAGUAUUGUCAUUGAUGGGGAGACAACAGUGCCUAUUUACACAAUUCUGGAGGUCUACAGAGUUUCUGAUAUGGAACUUGUGAGAGUUCUUCCUAGUGCAGAGGAUGAGGUUAAUGUAGCUUGCUUUCAUCCUUCUGUUGGAGGUGGCCUUGUCUAUGGAACGAAGGAAGGGAAACUCAGAAUCCUCCAAUAUGAUAGUUCUCAUGGCAUGAAUUAUACAUCAUCCUGUUUUCUUGAUGAGAACAUGCUUGAGGUCCCAACAUAUGCUUUAGAAUGCUAGUAACUCCGGAUUACUACACACAUAUGAGAUGUACAACCUGACUUGCAUGGAUGAGAUCAAGGCAUAUCCAUCUUAUGUUUGUUGCGCUUAGUUGUCGAAUUGCAUCAAUCUUCAUCUCCCAGCAACAUCAGACCCUAAUUCAUACUAAUAUUCCUUCUUCAAAUGCCUGUGAAAUGCUCAAGAAAUUGUAUCUCCCUUUGUUGUCUAGAAGGAAGUAUGUUGUCCACAUCAUUAGGAAAUCCAGCUAACUUUGGAGACAGACAGGUAAUUGCCAAGCAAAAUAUGUGAAACAUCUCUGUAGCAGCUUGUUCAGAUUCCACCCAAGCUUGUACGGUCUCUGCUUAAACAGCAAUGCUGACGACAAAAAGGAGAAAAAAAAAAAAAAAAAAAAAACAGAAAGAGGGAGAACAGAGAGUUUCCUAUGUUGAGAAACAUCUAGUGUUUAGUUUAUUUACUCUUGUUAGAUUGUCAUUGUGUCUUUUAAAGCCCCUAAAAUGGGGUCUUGAUUGUAACUUGGAAAAAAAGAAAAAAGAAAAAAAGAAAAAAAAAAAAAAAAAAAAACAGCCAUUGAGGUAUUUGAUUGUACAUGAUUGAAAAGAUAUAUUUGUACGCUUUUAUUUUUUCAGCAUUUUUUUUUUCUCAUUUGCUGGUUACUUACCAUGUUUAAUGUUCAAAAACAAUUUCCAUGAAUUUUCCUACAGGUGACAUACGACUGAAGCCAGUUCUUUGUAUAUGGUGAAUUUGGUGAGGUGAGGAGUUGAAGUUCAUGGAUAUAUGUAAAAACAAGCUCUC